AUGGGCAAGCGCAAGAAGUCGAGCUCGAAACCCCAAGGGCCCAAGAAGAGAGAGCCUCUUCCCACUUCGUUUUCCUGCCUCUUUUGCAACCAUGAGAACUCUGUGAUCGUUAAGUUAGACAAGAAGCUUGGCCUGGGAGAUCUAUCUUGCAAAGUUUGUGGCCAAAAGUUCCAAACUGGCAUCAAUUGUGAGCGCCUUUUCACCUUGAGGCAUCGACCCUUCACUGACAACGCUUUGAAAGACCUUUCUGCCCCCGUGGACGUGUAUUCGGAUUGGGUAGAUGCAUGUGAUACGGUUGCGAAGGACACCGCCAACCAAUACGACCCGCCGAGUCUUAGCCAAUCAGGCCACCGAGGGACCAACAAGCAAGAUAUUUCAGAUGAUAUUGGCCAUGGGGAUAUCUUUGAUGAUGACUACUGA